ACACAUAGGCAACAUCCAAUACACAUCAAUACCGAAUUUUUCCCCCUAACCUCUAAAUUUGAAACAAAUUGUUUUCGUGCCUGAUUCCUACAUUUCAUUACAGACAACUACUCCACAACCAGCGUUUAGGUUUAUCCAGAAUGUCAAAAUUGCGACCUUUGGUCCUUUGCGGCCCUUCAGGCUCCGGAAAAAGCACCUUGUUGAAAAAAAUGAUGGAGGAUUUUCCAGAUAAAUUCGGCUUCAGCAUUAGCCACACAACCAGAAAACCGCGACCUGGAGAAGUGGACGGACAACACUACCAUUUCACCACAGUGGAAGACAUGCAGAAAGCCAUCCUGGAUGGGCAGUUUAUUGAACACGCCACGUUUUGUGGCAACAUGUAUGGAACAAGCAAAGCGGCGGUGAACUUUGUCAGAGAACAAGGGAAGAUUUGUGUGCUGGAUAUUGAUGUGCAGGGAGUAAAACAAGUAAAGAACACAGAUCUCGAUCCGCUUUAUGUGUUCAUAAAACCACCAUCUUUGGACGAGUUGAAGAAAAGAUUGACUGCACGGAAAACAGAAACUGAAGAAAGUUUGCUGCAUAGACUGAAAGUUGCCAGUGAAGAGCUGGAUUACGGGACUGAGGAUAAUUUUGAUUGCAUUGUUAUCAAUGACAAUUUGGAACAUGCAUAUGUACAGUUGAAAACAUUUCUAGAAAGUCAGGUUUUUGGGGAUAAAUAAUUUAUUCCUGGAAGUUUACAUCAUUGUAGGUGUGUCAUUAAACUUUGCAUUCCUAGAGGAGCAUGCAUUAAAGCUAAGCAUACAUAAACUUGAGUUAUGUUGAUAAGUAAUAGUAAUGCCUAGAAACCAGUGUCAAAUGUAAAUGUUUAGAAUGUUAGGAAUUACCUAAUUGUUUCGUUUCAUAUGUAUAUAUAGGUUGCGAUAAUUCUGAAAUGGUGAUAAAUGUGUAAGUAGCGUAUUUGAAUUAUUGUUAUGUAUAUAUUAGUAAAAAUUGCAUUUACAAACAAAUGGUCAUACGUAGUUCUGUGAUUAUUGGUAUUUUUUCUAGUUUAUUUAUAUCUGUAACAAUAACAAUAAAUAA